AUGCUGAAGCCGGAAGAGAGAUUCUUCGCUCCCAGCGGUAAUAUUUAUCCUGGUGGCCCAAGUACGUGGCACAUCAUGGAUUGGGACCAACGUCGCCUCAUUUCUGUCACCAUGGAUGAGGAGCUUGAAUCAGAAGAUCCAGCAAUCGAGCACCUCCAGAAACACGUCGAUGAUCUGGCACCAGAUGUCUUUGAGAUUCGGGUUUCACCGCAAGGUGACUUGGUCUCAACGUCCACUGAUCAAAAAGACGAUAAUACCUUGUGCCCAUAUCACCCUCCUCUCGAAGCAACCGAGCGCCCGGACGGAAUUCAAACAAUUUCAAGGUCAGAUCUGGAAGAGCUUGACCGGCUAGGCCCACUGGUAGAUCUUGUGAGAUGCCUUCGAUCCUCAGAUCCAGAUAAGAAGCUCGUUUUCAAGUAUUACUUUCUCGAUCAACGCCUAUCUUAUGUAUGGCAUGAGAUGAAUCUAUGGAUGCGUUUGCCCAAACAUCCACAUAUCGUGGCCUUCGAUAAGAUCGUUGUGGAUGAGAUUGAGGGCCGUUGCGUGGGUUUUACCACUGAAUAUAUCCCUGGUGGAACGCUUGAGGAGAAUAAAUCUCGAACCUUUAAGCUCAAGUGGCUCACACAGCUAAUUGCUGUAAUUGAUGAGCUUAACCUGAAUCUUGGUAUCGCUCACCAAGACAUUGCUCCUCGCAAUCUUCUUGUCGAUGAGGCAGCAGAUUCCAUAAUAAUAUUUGACUUUAACUUUUCAGUUCGGAUUGGAGAACCGGGCUACAGUGAGGCGCGAAACGACAUCAAGGGAGUCCUUUUCACCAUCUACGAGAUCAUCACUCGCGACGAAACACUGCGCGCCGUUCGUCACGAGGAACAAAUCGUCCAGGAGAUCGAAAAGAAGGAAUGGAUCCAGCACCCAGAUGUCCAACUUGACCACCCAGUCUGGGAGUUUCGCGAAGUCCUCAGAGAGUGGUCUGAAAAGCGCUGCAGAGGCAAACAGCUCGCCACCUACAAAGAUGCGCCUAAUUUCAUCGACUGGCCCGAUACUCCUCAACCGCCACUUUCCGAAAUGGUCGUUUACUACGAUGGCAAGCCAACUACAGAGCUUAUAUUACUCUGGAGUACAGAGAAGAAAAAGAUGUUAGAACAAGGCAAGACAGCACUGAACUGGCAACGGCCGCCGCAGUGCAAACUCAAGCCUGGGGAUAGAAUUCUAGUGACUGGCGAAUUCAUCGAACGGGCCUGA